AUAUGUCAUUUCCGCUUCGAGGAUAAGCAUCAUAUUACUACUACAUAUAUAUUCCUAUAUUUCAAGCCCCAUUCUUUUCGGAAGGAGAUCUAUAAGAAGGCUACAAGAUGUUGAUGCCAAAAAAGAACCGUGUUGCUAUAUACGAGUACCUUUUCAAGGAAGGUGUCAUGGUAGCCAAAAAGGAUUACCAUGCUCCAAAGCAUCCUGAAUUGGAAUUAAUUCCAAAUUUACAAGUUAUUAAAGCAAUGCAGUCCCUUAAAUCCAGAGGGUACGUUAAAGAGCAAUUUGCGUGGCGUCAUUUCUAUUGGUAUUUGACAAAUGAGGGAAUCGAAUAUCUGCGUGGAUUCUUGCAUUUACCACCAGAGAUUGUUCCUUCAACACUUAAGAGGCAAGUAAGGUCUGAAACUUCAAGACCUAGGCCUGCAGCAGGACCAAGAAGCGAAGCUUCUAGACCAACAGAAGACCGCGCUGGAUACAGGAGAGGACCUGGAGGUCUUCCUGGACCUGGCGAUAAGAAAACUGAUGUUGGUGCAGGAACUGGUGAUUUAGAGUUCCGUGGUGGUUUUGGACGUGGAAAAGCUCCAUAAAUGAUUACAUAUUAAUAAAGAUAUAUCAAACAAAAUAUCUUGGCAUCAUUUACUUUUUCUAAAGAUAUCAACAUAUGAAAAACUGUUGCAUUAACACUUAGCCAACUGCUCGGGGUGAUCUCUCAUUUACAUUAGCAAUACUGAUGGCUAGCAAAGUUUAGCUUACUCAAGCGUGGUUGCAAAUGUAUAAUUGAUUGUGGAACAUGCGCUUGGAUAAGGGUUAAUAUAUCAUUGUUUUUGUGUGCAGACUAUAUCUAUUAAAGUAUAUGAAACAAAGAA